UUCGCAGUGAACGCGGACGCGAGCGACAAGACGGAGCCCAUGUUCAUCGGCCCGGGCAAGCUGCCCCAGCCGGCGGAGGAGCUGGACGCCGACUCGCGCCACUUCUACUACCAGAACAACAAGCGCGCGUGGAUGACGCCCGUCAUGUUCCAGGACUACGUGUCGGCGCUCGAUACGAGGAUGCGUGACGAGGGCCGCAUCGUGCUGCUGCUCGCUUCGCCCGCGCCGUCGCACGUCACGCUCGGUCUGGAGCUGACCAACGUCCGGCUGGAGAUUCUGCCGCCGUCGUUGGAACCGCUGCCGAUGUCCAUGCAAGUGCCAGUGUCCGUCAGCGCAGAAGAAAGCGCCAAUCUGGCGGCAGCCUCGGAAUCCAUUGCGGCUGCCGGCGUGGGCGACACGCCGAUGCCUGACGCUGACCAGUCCCUCUCGGACUCGGUAGCUCCUCAGCCAGAAUCUACGACGAAGCUACAGGCCGAUACUGAGGCCCAGACGCCGUCGUUAGCUGACCUGAGCCAUUCAGCAGCGAUGGCGAACAUGGCGGCGACCAUGGCGGCCGCGACAACGCUGCAGCCGCUGGACGCAGGACUUGUCACGGCGUUCAAGCGUCGGUAUCGCCGUUACCACAUGCUGUACGCGCUGGACCGCUAUGAAGCAGGACGGCAGGAUGUAUUCCACGUGGACCAGCUGCAAGCUAUGCGCUGGGCUCGCCACUGCUGGAAGCAGGAGCUGCCGGAGGAGAUCGUACGCAAGUGCUGGAG